AUGCCUAACUUCUCUCUCAGGCGCGCAGAGCUUCCACUGGCAGGCAACCGACAUCGGCCGCGAGCAGCACGCGGCGAUGAAGAACCAGAAGCCGGCCGUGCUGUGGUUUCCCGGGUUCUCGGGCGCGGGCAAGUCGACCACCGCCAACCUCAUUCAAACAUCGACACAAUUAAAUCUGGUAUUGAAAAAAUGAAAGAAGCCGGUGAAGGUCAUGCAACUGAAGAAAAACGUGAAGCAAGUGAUUGA